UGAGCUCGUCAGAGGGCGUUUUUGUGCUUCUGUCAAUUGAUGUUAAAAUGGAUAAAAGCUGUCGUUUGUGAAUAAUUUAGAAAAAAACUGAAAAUCGAGAUUCAAGAAAAAAUAUAUAAAAAUGGAUGUGGCAAAUGACAAGCUGAGUAUAAAAAAUCUCCUGUUCACUAAAGCUAUUCCGAACCAUGUGAUAUCAGAUCCUGUGGAUGGUCAUAAAAUAUUUUCAUGUACGGACUGUGGUGACAAGUUCAUCUUUGAAUCCAGUUUUCAUGAUCACGUCAAUCGCCAAUCUAUGAAGAUUACUUACAUGUGCCGGCACUGUAAUCAAACGAGAACGUUUCUCAAUAGAUGUAAUUUACUGUUUCAUAUAAGAUCUCACGUUUUCAAAACUGCGACAAUCAAUGUUACUGACUUAAAAAUAGAGCCCUUACCAUUGAGUAAUUUCAAGAUUCUUCCUACGCCACCCCGAACCACUCCGACCAAGAUUGUAGACGUUACAACGCCUCAGGGAAACUCGUCACAAAAUGCCACAGUUUGCUUGGAGUGCAAAGUAGUUUUAGAUAACACAGGAAUCGCGUAUAAAGAUCGAGCUGAUCAUUACAUGCAAUAUUCAAACGAAGUCUAUUCAUGUCCUAUUUGCUUAUUUGCACUGCCAACUACAUGCGCAGUGAGAACACAUUUGCGUUUGCACUUAAAAUGCCCUCCAUAUUACUGUCCAGAGUGCGGUUCUCAUUUGCUGGCUCACAAACAUAUACAUUAUCCGUAUAACCAUGAUUGUGAAGGUUUUAAGAUGAUGCGGGCAACAGCCAGAUUAGCUUGUUCCAUUCGUGAAUGCCGUGUUUUCCAUCCUAAUGAUUACAAAUCGCACGUGAAAGAGUAUCACAUGAAGAAAGUUUACAAAUGUCCGUACUGCGUUGUGGCUUGUUUCAAUGAAGGCAGUAUGCAAAGCCAUUUAAAAACCCACCAAACAGACACAAAAGCACUCGUCUUUUACAAAUGCGAAAUGUGUCCAGGAAAAUUUGUGUUGCAAAGUCGCAUGGAGAGCCACUUGAAAAGUCACAAGCUCACUUGCGUUUACCCGUGUUGGCCUUGCGGCGUCGUUUUUAAAGAUUUAUCUAUUUUACUUAAACACUUCAUGGAAAAUCACAAUAAAAAUGAAACCAUGGCAAAUAUCUUAAACAGUAUUUUGAAUGAAAAUGAUCUGUCUGAAAAGAAUUCAAAGAAGUUGAAAAGAAUAUAUAGAGUUGUUAAAAGAUGUGACCAGUGUCGGAGAAGUUUCACCUACCGUUGUCAAUAUGAUGAAAUACACAAUCUACCUAACGAAUGUCCAUACAAAUGUUCUUCCACAUUUGAGUGUUCCGGGGAAUUUGAUGUUAUGAAUGAAAAAAACAAUACAUGCAUCACGUGCUGGAUUUGUAAAGCAACCGUAUCUCAAGACUGGAAUGCAAUCAAAAAACAUUACGCUUCUCUUCAUAAAUCGCAUAAGUGCCUGGAUGCUAAAAUAGUCCUCAAGAGACUUGAUGUUUCAAAAUACAUAUCUCAACAGAACAUUUUAGGCACUAAAAAUGAUAGCAUAAAAACUACUGAUAGGAAAAUAUCCAGAAGAAUCCAGAAGCGUCGAUAUAAUAGAAACUCGGCGGCCGAUCAUGUCCCGCUCGACACACAAACAAGUGAGUGUCAAGCUUCUGGCAAUCAAUACGUUUGUAACAUAUGCGGAGACAGUUUUAAACAAAAGCCAUUAUUAGAAAAACAUAUGGUAUCUCAUCGGGAUCCGUGCAUGGCUUAUCAGUGCAUGGAAUGUGGGCAAAGUUUUGUUGUUAAACCCACUUUUUCGAAACACAUGUUGUUAGAGCAUGAUAUAUCAGAUGUAGAAAAGUAUAUUAAAGAAAAAAAUUGUUACAAUGUCAAUGCUCUCAUAAAGUACCAAAGCAGCGAAGUUAUUUCCAAUGAGCCACUUCGUGAAAAUCAGUGCACAAUUUGUCGAGAAGACUUCGAAGGUCCAGAAGAAUUAGCGAAACAUUUCAGAGUUCACGGUAUGGCGUUCUUAAUGAAAAACAAUUCGAAUAAGAGUGAAUGAAAAGCAGCAUCAUCAUCCUCCGAGCCUUUUUCCCAACUAUGU